GCAGCAAUAAUUUUUUUUGUUUUUUUGUUAAGAAAAACAGAAACACAAGAAAUGAGCAAUUUGUGUGUCAUCACUUUAAUUGUCGCCUGCAUCGCUUUGUCCAAAGCUACCAUUUUUUCUCAGAAAUAUACUGCGAAACUGGAGUUGAAUGAUAAAAUAUCAAACUACGAGAUUUUAGGAGAACAGGAUUCUCAUUCUUUGACCGAGUGCGCCACAAUGUGUCGAGGAGAGUGCAUCGUCUUUGGAUUCAACUCGCAAACGAAGAAAUGUCGUACACACAAAAAGGUUUGCUCUUCUGAGAUGACUAAGGAGGACGGCUGGAGAUACUACUCUCAUCAAAGUCAUUCACUUCCCGGCUCUCUUCCCUUAGAUUGUAAGGAGCUUUAUGAAGAUGGCAGGACUACUUCUGGUGUGUAUGAUAUUUAUCCCCAUGGAACAAUUACAAGACCUGUCAGUGUGUACUGCGAUAUGGUCACAAUGUGCGGGGGAUGGACAGCUAUUCAAAAACGAGUAAUCGGAUCCCUCAGUUUUGACAGGGAUUGGUCAGCAUAUAAAAAUGGUUUCGGUUCACCAGAACAAGAUGUCUGGGUUGGAAAUGACUUUAUACAUCUGUUAACAAAAGAGAACAACUCAGCCCUUUAUGUGUCCAUCACUCUCCAGAAUGGUACAACGCUGUAUGAAAUGUAUGAUCGAUUCUCUGUCUCCAACGAAGCUGGAAAAUAUCAACUAUUUCUUGCAGGACCUGCCACGGGAACCCUAGGAGACAGUAUGUUGGACACGGGUUCUUCUACCGCCGAUCUGUCUGGGAUGUCCUUCUCCACCCCGGACAGAGAUAAUGACAGGUGGAGUGGUAGCUGUGCUGUUAGAUGGGGAGGAGGCUGGUGGUUCAACAACUGUCACGACGCCUUCCUUAACGGUCCAUGGUCCCCGGGAGACUGGUACGAACCAUGGACUCCUACAGUGACGAGUGGGGCAUCAGUGAAGGCGACCUCAAUGAUGAUCAGACGUCACUAGACGAAAGAUCAUCCAUCAAUGAGACGAAUCCAUUUUCAUUCAAGAGACGGUUUUAAAUUUAACAUUUAUCACGGGGUUCUUUUUUGUAAGAUUGUUUGACAUUAAGUGACUAAACAAAUAUGUUUUCAGGGGA